GGCUGCGGGCGGGGACAGGCGCGCGCGGGCCGCGGCGGAGCCGGAGCCUGCGAGAAGAGCUCGCGGGGGGCCCGGGCGGCGCUAUUUCUCCACCCCCGCAAAACAAUGUGCGGCGUGCGGCCGGGAGCAACUUGCCCGGGGCGGCGGGGGCGCGCCGAACCCGCUUGAGACCGCGCCGCUGACCUCCCCCCACGCCGUCCGUUGGUCCGGAGCGCCCAGCUCCUUGCUCCCAGCUCGCGGGGGCCGGGCCGAGCCGCGGGGCGGGGCCGCCCCUUCGUCGCUGCAGCCUCCUCCCCCAUCCCCAGCCGCGGAGGAUGCGGACGGCCCCCGGCGGCGUCUAGCGGCCCGGGCCCAGGCGCGAUGGUGCAGCAGCGGGGCGCGCGGGCCAAGCGGGACGGCGGGCCGCCGCCCCCGGGGCCCGGGCCGGCGGAGGAGGGGGCGCGCGAACCCGGCUGGUGCAAGACCCCAAGCGGCCACAUAAAGAGACCGAUGAACGCGUUCAUGGUGUGGUCGCAGCACGAACGGCGGAAGAUCAUGGACCAGUGGCCCGACAUGCACAACGCCGAGAUCUCCAAGCGCCUGGGCCGCCGCUGGCAGCUGCUGCAGGACUCGGAGAAGAUCCCGUUCGUGCGGGAGGCGGAGCGGCUGCGCCUCAAGCACAUGGCGGACUACCCGGACUACAAGUACCGGCCGCGCAAGAAGAGCAAGGGGGCGCCCGCCAAGGCGCGGCCCCGCCCCCCCGGAGGCGGCAGCCGGCUCAAGCCCGGGCCGCAGCUGCCGGGCCGCGGGGGCCGCCGGGCGACGGGAGGGCCCCUGGGGGCCGGCGCGGCGGCGCCGGAGGACGACGACGAGGACGACGACGAGGAGCUGCUGGAAGUGCGCCUGGUGGAGACGCCCGGACGGGAGCUGUGGAGAAUGGUCCCGGCGGGGAGAGCCGCCCGGGGGCCGGCCGAGCGCGCCCAGGGUCCGCCGGGCGAGGGGGUGGCCGCGCCUGCAGCCUCCCCGACCCCGUCGGAGGAGGAGGAGCCGGAGGAAGAGGAGGAGGAGGCGGCCGCCGCGGAGGAAGGCGAAGAGGAGACUGUAGCAUCGGGGGAGGAGCCGCUGGGCUUUCUGUCCAGGCUGCCCCCAGUCCCCACCGGCCUGGACUGCAGCUCCCUGGACCGCGACCCGGACCUGCCGCCCGCCACGGGCACGUCACACUUCGAGUUCCCGGACUACUGCACCCCCGAGGUGACCGAGAUGAUCGCGGGGGACUGGCGCCCGUCUAGCAUCGCCGACCUGGUUUUCACCUACUGAGCCCACCGUCAGCGGGGCGCGCACGCCCCCAAACCAGCUGUUUACAUACAGGAAUCAGGUAUUGGGGCCCCUCGGAGGCCGAGGCUGGCACCCCACCUCCCGCGCAGCCUCCCCCCCCUUCCUGGAUGUGCCCAUCCCCCUAGAUCCAGACGCGCCCCUCCCCCACAGACACACCCCAAGGCAGCCCAACCCCCACCCUUUCCCUGACAUCCAAGCCCCUCCCCAUCCAGUCCUCGCCCGCACAGCCACCAGCAGCCAGCCCCCCCUCCGAAGCCGAUUCGCCCCCCUUUACAGACCUGCACCCCUCCCCCGCCCCCCCACCGCCUUCCUCUCGCCCUUCCUCGUGGCCGGAGGACACGCCCCCUCCCUCGCUCCGGAUUCCCUCCGCCCUGGCCUAGCCUGUCUUCGGGGUUCGGGGGGCGAUCCUGAGGGGCGGCCCUCCCACGCCCCUCCCCCCCAGCGCGACGGCCCGCCCCUCCGCUUAGGCCCGCCCUCCUGCGCUUGCGCAUGCCUAGUGCUACUUGGGAGGAGGGGGCCGAUCCCAGGCCAGAUGCAGGCUUCCUGCCGUUUGCUGGGUGAAGGAGGGCGGGGGGCGAGUGUAGAGCAAUCCUAAGAAAUCCUUUGAUCCCAGAGCCCGUGGCUCCCUCUCAACCCGACGGGGCGUCACUGCCUUAAUGGGAGGAGCACUGGGAAGGGAGAGAGCUGUCCGGGUGGGGCUAGUUUGAGCUUGGAACUCAUCUAAAGGCACGGCCCCUUUACUCCCCCUCCCCAUGGGGUUGUCCAGGCCCACCACACCCAAGGCUUCAACUGCCUUUACCGCCAAACUUGGUCCCCAGAGACGUCCCUUACUUGCCCCUGAGAGAUUUGGAGUCAGGUUUUUGCUUGGCAAAUUGAGAAAGGAAGGGGCUAUCCCAGAAAACUGUUGAGUUGAUGCACCCACCAAUCUGGAGACGGGUCCCAGCUGCUCCCUCCCCCACCCUGGGAAACGCCCUAUCAUCUCAGGGCACCUUCUCAGCCCGGGCUCCUCCCUAACGACUGUCCCUUCCAAUCACCCAAACCCAUCCACCAUUAUAGCUGCAGUAUUCAGUGGGAGAAACUGAGGCACGCUGGUGCUAGGAGCUUGGAGCGGCAGGAAAAAGUGGUUUGAGAGAAACCAUCGUCCCCGUCCUGGGGGACCGGAGAAGGAUGGGUAGAGGAGAGUGGACGUAGGCCGAUUGCAUCCCAGCCUUUUCCUGUGUGAAAUACGGACGGCGCUGCUGUUAGAAAAUCGUGUCCAGUUCAGGGUGUCCGUGGGAACCCUGCCCCCACGCUGUUACCCUCUUACCCCCUGGCCCCGGCCCCCUCCGGCCUCUCCCUCCACCCCCCUGCCCUCACUACCUGUAUCUCACCGGCGUGUGUUCACCCCCCCUGGGUGCUCACACAUUCUCAUUCACACACACAAAUCUCAGGAACAAACGGUCCCGGAGUCCUCGGGGACCCCUGCCCAGGGUCUCUGCAGGGCUCUGCCCCACGCGUUCCCUUCGCUGACAAAGCCACCAGCUGCCUCCUUUAAGCUUGGUGCUCCGGCUCUGGGCCUUUCUUGCGCUCUUCUUUUUCUUUUUCUUUUUCUUUUUUUCCUUUUUUUUUUUUUUUUAAGAAAACAACAAAAAGACAAUGAAAAAAAAUGUCAUGUGAGUGAAGAGAUGUCACUGUCUGUGGUCUUGGAGAACUAGUCUUGUAGCUGAGUUGGGGGGAUUCUCUCCCUCUGGGGCGCUGGCACCCACAGCAGGACUUGCGCCGGUCUGAUGCCAGGACUAAAUAAAGUGUAUUUGCCCCGAC